GGCUCGUCGCGCGAGUGGAGCUGUGGGGAGAUGAAGAAGUGGGCUUGAGAGUGUUGGUUCGUCUGGUGUGAUUAGUGAGAGAGCAGCUAAUCAACUCGGCCGUGUGCCUCCCCUAUCGUCCGCUCUUGCAGCUCAACCAAGCUCAACCAACAGGCAGAGUGCAGCAGCACACGACGACUCAGGGCGGGCCCCGUCCGUGCGCGACCCAGAGAACCUCGACUUCCCUCGUCCACGAUCACUUUUGCAUCUUCUAAAAGAAGGGCCACAGAACAGGACAGCAUAGCACAGGCAUAGCCUCGCGACUCGACAGACUGCGGCUAUGGCAACCUCGUUGCAGGAUCAGGGCAGCGGCGUGAGGCAGCGCGCAACAGCCAAGAGUUCCAGCAAGGCCACUGCGGCAGAGCUCACGCCUAGGCCGGGCAAUGUCAGUCCUCGAGGGCCUCCACCUCCCUUCACGGUCUACGCCAAAUUGGCCUUCUUCAGCGUCGGAAUGUUCGCCCUGCCUCUGGGCACAUACUACGCACUGGUGGGCAAGUACGGUACCAAUUGGGCUGGAGGCGCGGCUGCAUUGGCCGCCAAUGUCGUGCUGAUCGGCUAUGUGAUCGCUGCCUUUUUGGAAGAUGGCGAUGCUGGAGCUCACGGGGCAAAGGGGGUGGUAGCGGCGGGCAACACAGAAAGGGAGAAGAGGAAAUGAGGCAAGCAGUCGAAAGUGUCGGCCUAUCAUGAAUUAUGCGAAGCAAGUGGUAUCUUGGAUCAAUUCAUAUACAACAUCUCAUCAUCUUCCCCCUGCGUCAGGCACGUUGAGCACGUCAAUCAGGUGCUCCACUAAGCCAUCCAGCCCUCUCCUCAAACCCUCUCCAUGCAGUUGCG